AUGAACACUCAGUUUGAAGCUUUGUCCGCAACUUUGAUAGGCAAAUUGGAGGCUCUGAUUUCCAAGAAUCCACCUCAAUCGGAGCCGUCUACAUCAACAAAUCCAAAGGGUAGUGUAUUGGGAACUGGACCCAACGAUGUAGUGACACCAGCCACCAAUAAGCAUCAAGAACAUGCUCCGGAAGUUAUUACGAUGGAGCAGUCGUCGGCUGACCUCACCGGAGUAAGGGAAAAGACGGUGGUUAUCAAAAUUCCUCAUUGUGCACUUCCAAGAAUCGAGUUGCCGAUGUUCACAGGUCUGAAACCACGUGAGUGGAUUCGGAUAUGUGAAAAGUUUUCUUUUGAUACAGCAAAUUGUUGA